UCAUGUAACUACGUUUAUGAUAACAACUUGCAUUGAUGUUUGUUUUGAGUUGCAGGAGGACGAUAUACUACGAGAGCAAAUUCGUAUUCAUGGAAUUGAUGACAAUUGGACUAUCAUAGCUUCAAACUUCAAGGAUAAAACAACUAGACAAUGCAAAAGAAGAUGGUUCACUUAUUUGAACUCUGAUUUCAAAAAAGGUGGAUGGUCACCUGAAGAAGAUAUGCUUUUAUGCGCGGCUCAAAAGAUCUUUGGAAACAGAUGGACAGAAAUUGCAAAGGUGGUAUCAGGCAGAACGGAUAAUGCUGUGAAGAAUCGAUUUACUACAAUCUGCAAAAAGAAAGCAAAACAUGAAGUAGUGGCUAACGAAAACUCUACUUCAUACAUUAAUCUAAAUAACAAGAGAGUUAUGUUUUCAGACAGAAUAUCUGAUGUUUCCGCUCCUGAUAAGAAGCUGAGGAGGAGGAACACAAUUGAGAGCUCUGUUGAUGAUUGUCCGAAUAAUAAUCAAUCGCUUAGACAUCCAUUUGCAGUGCUUGCUCAGAAUGUCAAUAACUUGAAAGAGACAUAUGAAAAUGGAACUUUCCUUAAGAAGAAUGAUCGAAAGAUAAAUGUGUUGAUGCAACAAGAAGAAUUACUGGCACUCAAAGUUAAUACGGAAAACAGUAACCAGAGUCUUGAAAAUGCUUGGAAGGUAAGCUAUAUUUUUACAUUACUGAUUGCAGAAGUUGUAAUCUCGUUGAGGAAGCAACAAGCUGUACUCGAUGAUUUUCUUCAUCGGAUGAAGGAAGGUGAUAUGCUCAAGUUCCGGCAUACAGAGAUGAAUUCAGGACACAAUACUCAUAAGAAUCUGAUAACAAACUCAAGUAGUAACGAAAGGAACCGACCAUCUAAAAGGCAACUUGCUUUAUCUCAAGAGUCUGGUGGCAGUUCAGAGUACAAUACCGGAUCAACUCUGAUUUCGCAUGCAUUGAGUAAUAAAACAGAAGAAAGUCAAGUUAAGACGUGUGGGCAUGAUCAGGAGAUUCAAUCUGGUUUGCAAAAGUCUCAAAUAGGUGAUCAAACUGGAGUUCAAGAGUUGGAAAAUGGAAUUUUCUGUGAUCUAUUAUUCCCUCAUGAUCUGAAUUGCUUUAUUCUUAUAAAAAUGAUGAUUUUGAUUACGUCAGAUACUCCUCUUGUUUGUGAUGAAAUGAAGGACAAUGAUGUAUCAGCAACAGCUGAAUGUGAAUAUCCUUCUCCUCUUCAAGUAACUCCGCAAUUCAGAUCAUUAGCUGAAGCAAUUCCCAGCCCAAAGUUUUCCGAAAGUGAGAGACAAUUCCUAUUGAAGACACUUGAAGUUGAGUCUACAUCUCCUCAUCGAACCACGAAACCUCCAUCUUGCAAAAGGGCACUCCUCCAAAGCCUAUGAUCAAUUUGCAUCCUUUCUGAUGACACAUACAAAAAUGCAGGGCACGAGCGCGCACACACACACACUCACACAUACAUAAACAUGUACCUAGUCUGUUUUCUUAAUGUGUCUCAUUUCUUGUGUGUGUCAUCAUGGAACUCGAAUGGAGGUAUUCGAUAUUUCCAUAAGUUUUUGGCAUUUGAUAAGCUUAUUGUACAUAACAUAAUAGUGUAGUAGUUACAAAUUGGCAACUCACCAAAGUUUACAGAGUAUGUAAACGAAGAUAGUUAUUUGUAGAGCUUCUUCCAAGGCUUUCUGGUGGCUAAGUUGCUCGGACUCUUU